AUAUUUUGUCCUGGCCACUCAAACGCAACACGCGCCGAGGAUCACGCGUCGCCGUCUUCUGCUGGGAAGCGGUAAAGUGCGAGUUCCCGACAGAGGCACCUGAACGCAUCGCGAGGAGCGCGUCUGGUGCGGGCGCACAGCUGAGCGGAGGCGAGAGGAAAACAAGCCGAGAGCCGAUGAGCGGGUCCGGACGCACAACGACCCCGACGGCGUGGACGGAGGUGAGGGGGAACAACAGUCGGAACAGCUCGAAGAUGGUUGACCCAGAUCUCGCAGGGCAGCUCUCACACGCUGUUCGGCAGAGAAAUGGCUCGACUGCAGCCGUCACCCACCCCUCCUGCACAGAGGGAUCUUUCACCAGGAGCAGUGGGAUCAUCCCCGGUGCGAUUGCAGCCACGGUGUUCAUUGCCUUUUUACUCGCUCUCUACGCCGUCCUCUGGAAGUGCAUGGUGUCACCGCCGCAACGAAAGCACAGCAAGGUGAGGGUCAGAGUGCACCAGAGGAGCUCUGUGUGAAGGCCGGCUUUCGGGUCGCGUCCGUUCAGCGGCUCCUUUCCGCAUCGGAAUGGUGCGGACCAAACUCAGAGAGCAAACUCUGCUCCAGAGAUACAAGACGCCACUGAAGAAGAUCCUCCUUAAUGGAUCCAAAGAUCAAACCACAAAACAAAACUGACUCAGCUGAAUGGAUGUGUCACCCGUUUCCCCUCAGAUUAACUCCAUGAUGAUGUGGAACAUGCCCCCCCCCCCCCCCCUGCUGUUUCAUGUGAACUCUAACACUAUCACUACUGAGGAACGAGGCACCUCGGGCUACAGCUCGCUCCAGUGACCAAUGAACUGUGUGUGCGUGUCUGAUAGAGAUAUUGUGGUAUAUUUAGUGUGUGUGGAUUUUUUUGGAUAUGUUUUACACCCAGUAUUUUUUAAUAGUUGUCAUAACGGCAUCACUAGGCUACAUUUAAAUCUCCUGAAGCCGCCAGGAUGUUCAGAACAACCAGCCAAUCACCUCCACUUGAGUCUUUCUACAAGACGUAGAGGUAAUUUUGUCCGAAUCGAUUUUAAAUUUGUUUAUUUGUCCUUGGUGCCUUCUUUGAAAUCCACAUGUUUAAUUCAAAUAACUCAGGAUGUUGUAACUACUGUAUCCCUCUAUGAUAACCUAAUUAAGUGAAUGUGACUAUAAACAAAUA